CUUCCCCUCAAUAACUUCUGCAUGGGAAGCAGCACCUCCUAAACUCCUGUCUGAAACAGCUUGUCCCAGCAUGAGAGCUGUCCCUCUCCCGGUGGCCAGGACAGCAAGCCUUCAGUUUAGCUUCUUGCUCCUGCUUUCCUUCUGGCUGGACCGAGGUGUGGUAGCUAAGGAGCUGAAGUUCGUGACAUUGGUGUUCAGGCAUGGAGACCGAAGUCCUAUUGAAACCUUUCCUAACGACCCCUUUAAGGAAUCCUCGUGGCCACAGGGAUUUGGCCAACUCACUCAGUUGGGCAUGGAGCAGCAUUAUGAACUUGGACAGUAUAUAAAGAAAAGAUAUGAAAAAUUCUUGAAUGAGUCUUAUAAACAUCAACAGGUGUAUGUUCGGAGCACAGAUGUUGACCGGACUUUGAUGAGUGCUAUGACAAACCUUGCAGCCCUGUUUCCCCCGGAGGGUACCAGUGUCUGGAACCCCAGCAUCCUCUGGCAGCCCAUCCCGGUGCACACCGUCCCUCUUUCUGAAGAUCGGUUGCUAUACCUGCCUUUCAAGAAUUGUUCCCGUUAUGAAGAACUUCUGAGUGAGACUUUGAAAUCGGAGGAAUUCCAGAAGAGGCUGGAGCCUUAUAAGGAUUUUAUAGAAACGUUACCAAAACUUUCCGGAUACCAUGGCAAGGAACUUUUCGAAAUUUGGAGUAACAUCUACGACCCUUUAUUUUGUGAGAGUGUUCACAAUUUCACUUUACCCUCCUGGGCCACCGAGGACACCAUCAUUAAGUUGAGAGAAUUAUCAGAAUUGUCCCUCCUGGCCCUCUAUGGAAUUCACAAGCAGAAAGAGAAAGCUAGACUGCAGGGGGGUGUCCUGGUCAGUGAAAUCCUCAAUCACAUGGAGAGAGCGACUCAGCCAUGGAACCACAGAAAACUUGUCAUGUAUUCUGCUCAUGACACUACUGUGAGUGGCCUACAGAUGGCGCUAGACGUUUACAAUGGAAUCCUUCCUCCCUAUGCUUCCUGCCACAUAAUGGAAUUGUACCUUGAGAAGGGGAAGUACUUCGUAGAGAUGUAUUAUCGGAAUGAGACUCAGCACGAGCCAUAUCCCCUCACACUGCCAGGCUGCACCCCCAGCUGUCCUCUGAUGAAGUUUACUGAGCUGGUUGCCUCUGUGAUUCCGCAAGACUGGCCCACGGAGUGUAUGAUCACUAACAGCCACCAAGUUCUAAGGAUCCUCCUUGCCAUUGCCUUUUGCCUGGUGUCUGGUGUCCUAAUGGUGCUGCUAUUUACUCUCAUCCGCCAUGGGCCCUGCUGGCGGAACAACUCUUAUGGGACCAUCUGAACAGACAUCUGAAGAAGGGCAGAUAUGCCAGGCCAACCUCUUGUGAUGUAACAUCUCUCAAUGACACAGAAUUCAAAGGACACUUUCACCGUGUGGGCAUCACCCUGCCCACACCCUUCCUUCUGAAGCUGUCUAGAGCAGGAACUCACAGUGACCCAGGGACAGCUCCUGGACUGAUGGAUGAAUGAACACCCAGGUUGCUCAGUUAGGUCUCCUUGUCAUAGUGUAGGCUUCUCAUUAGCCUAGAAAGAAGCUCUCUGCAAAGGACAGUUGUAUCGUCUGGCACAGGUGUCCAGAGAGAAAGGAGAAGUCACACUCCAACCAGCCUUUUGCCUGCAAAGAGCAAAAGGUUACAGGUGUGACAAAGACAUAGAUUAAAGAAGACUGGAUAAUGGAGGGAAAUUAGACUAGAAGUAGUAUUAUAUAGGAUGAGUCUUAAGAAAUAAGACCCAAUCAGAAGGUUUAAUAAAUCUUUUCUUCAGCUAUUAAGUAGGUUAAUACAUAUACACACUCCUGAAAAGAAGCUCCUAUCCAAUGUUUGAUAUCUAACAGAUUUCUGUGGGUCUUUUUACUAACACACAUAUGUCUAUAUUGAAACUAUAUGUCUAUAUUGAAAAUGCCUUAGAAAGAGGUAUUUAAUUCUCAGAAACUGUAAUAUCAACUACUUUAGUUUUAGCUCAGGUCAUUUCCCCCACAAUUUCUGUAAUAGGGAAUAACCAGAAAAUCCAUGUAACUACCCAUGGUUCUUUUUUUUUUUAACUUCAACUAUCAGAGCUCGAUAUUUUUAAAGUUCCAAUUUUUAGUUUCAUUUUAAAAUUAAGAGAUUUUACUUUGACACGGCCUCUUCAUGGUCAUGGAUGAAAUGAUAAUGUAUUUUAAUUGCUACAAAUAGAUCUGAACUUCUCAAGUGGUGAGGUAGAUAGACAAGCACACUGAAGGAUGAUGACCCACUGCCUCAGUUCUGUGCUGGCUUUAGGCCAAGUUGGAACAAAUUUUUUUAAAUCUUAAACCUUGGUGUCAUAAUCUAAAAAUGAAGAGUCUGGACUAGAUGAACAUAGAAAUCAUAUUUAGUUCUCGUGGUCUGUGAACAAUUUUUUUUUUUCCCAAGCAAGCACUUCCAUGACUGGUACCAUUGUAGUGAGCCUGGUAUUUAUUCUAAGGAAUUUUAUUCUGCGCUGAGCUUCCAACCAUCUAGUUGGUAUGAAAUUCAAUCUCAUUCAUUGGUAGUGUUCUUCACCUCCUCAGGUUCUACUAAAGGUCCCAGAAUGUACCUUUGAGAAAGAGUCAGAUAUGGGUCCACUAGGCCGCUGUCCACACUGGUCUCCAAUCAGCUUACUAUCCAUUCCCACGUGGUAUUCUGAAGGUAGGCAGAGGACAUCCGUGCCAUGGUUCCCAAGGCCACACACUUGAAGUUCACCAACCUACACUUGAAGUCCAGCCCCCUACUUGGGGUGAUACCUGUAAGCAGUGCUGGGAUCUUUGACCAGCACAGAAAACCCCCCAGAACCUCACUCCAUCUCUUAGUUUCAGGAAUCUUCCUCUCUCCUUAGAUCCCACAGCUUCCACUUGUAAAACUUCAAGCACUUACCUCAAACAUCCUCACUUUCCACAUAAUUCUCAUUGAGCCAAGGCUAUUGCAAACAAAAGCCUGAAGAGGAGUUGUCGUCUCUUGCCUAGCAAUUGCUGCUUUCUGCUGGAACACAAGAGGCAUACAGGCAAAGAAAUGCAAUAUCUGACUACAUUGCCAGUUGGGGAGAAGGAAAAACAUCUAUAGCAGCAAGAACAGUAGACAAAUUUUGGUUUCCAUAAACAGCCAACCAUAUAAGUUUAAGGAAGCCACAAUAUCUUAUGCUAAUAAGUGACGAGACUUCAAAAUACAAGUAUGAACGGAACCACAUGUCAUGGAUUUUCUCACUCAUUCAACAAACAUUUAUGGAAGACCCACUAUUUGCUAACUCCUGGUCUGGAUGCUGAAUUGCCCAUCCCUAAUGUGAUUAUUAAGGUAUUUGGCCCCAAAAACAAUCUCUCAUGGGGUUGAUAGAAUGUAAAAGUAAAAGCUUUCACAACCUUUUCCUCAUAUCAUCUUUUAUUACUGUAAGUGGCUAAAAGGAUGUCUACUUCCUGUUGGUUCUGAGAGAUUUCUUUAACAUCUCCCAUUUCUCUUCCUUCUACCACCUUUUGAUUAUUGUAAAGGCAGUUCUCACUCCCAAAUUAGUUGUUUCUUUUACCUUCCACAGAGCUACUCUGUUGAUAAAUGAUGUAAUUGUUUUGGCAGUAUUCAUGGCAGUAUUCACAUGUGACAAAUGAAAAUUCUCGAGUGACAAAUGAUCUAUAGUGAUAAAGCAGAGAGAACAAAUGUACUGUAACAUUUCUCAGGAAAUAAGUUAAUCAUCCAACUUCAAUAGGAGAGCAUGAAAAUAAAUUCUCCACUAAUAAAAGUGACUUUUUCAGAUGGGUCAGAAAAGAUCUGUCCAGUUGACAUGAUGAGAAAUAUUGUUAGAAAGAAAAUUGCUAGGGUUAGGAUAAGCUUUGCUCUGAAAUGCAUUCCCCACAACUGAACCAUUAGAGAGGACUUUGAACAUAAUUAGAAUAAUGCAAUAAUUACCACAUCAAUGUAGGGACAUUCCCUACCAUAGAAAAUAUCAGCAACGGAAAGUUCAGUAGGAAAGUUCAAAGGAAGAGUUAUAACUAGAAUGUUCCCAGCUAGAGUGGCAUUGCAUAAAGAAAGUAUUAAGAGAAUGUGAUGAUAAAAAGAAUAAUUUGUAGCAUUAGAAGAGUACAGGCAUUAGAGGUAAACAUUUUACUGGAAGUCGUUCAACCAAAAAACCGGUUUUUUAUGUUAGAACUGGCAUUUCUUCUUCCGGUCCUGUUACCUAGCCUCCCACCUUUCUGUUUUCUAUCUUGUUCUAAUACCGUUGGAAUUGAUUCUUUCUUGGUAAGUGAAAUUCAAAAUAUUAGUUUUCUGUUUUAAAACCCUCUUUACGGAAACCCCAUUUGAGCAAUAAUGGAUGUGUGUGACAUUUGGUGCUUUAUACCAGAGCUGUCUAAUAGAAAUAUAAUACAAGCCACAAAUGAGAGCCACAUAUGGAAUUUUAAAUUUUCUAAUAGCCACAUUUUAAAAAGGUAAAAAUAAGGGAUGAAAUUAAUUCUAAUAAUAAAAUGUAUUUAACUCAUUGCAUCCAAAACAUCACUUCAACAUAUAAUCACUAGUUUUAAAAUUAGUAAUGAGCUAUCUUACAGUUUUUCUCACACUUAUUAUUUGAAAUCUGAUGUGUAUUUUACCCUCACAGCACAUCUCAAUUCGGACUCGGCACACGUCUAGUCUUAAUAGCCACAUGUGGCUAGUGGUUACCAUAUUGGACAAUUCUGCUGUAGACCAUUAGAUGACACUCUUUUGAAGCAAAGAGAAUGUAUUCUUUGUUAUAACUUGUAAAAUCCACUUGCAGGUUACUGUGAAGAAAUAAAAGUCAUAUUUUUUAUGUCUACCUCUUA